AUGAACACAAUCACAUGUUUCUGUCUAGAGUGGUCUGUUACUGGUAAUAUGACUAAUGCACGUGGUUAUCACACAGCAUCUGUAUUACCAAAUGGAAAAGUAUUGGUUACUGGUGGUUUAAGCAAUAGUUAUUUUUUAAAUAGUGCUGAAUUGUAUGACCCGUCAACAGAUAUUUGGACAACUACUAGUAACAUGACUAAUGCACGACAUAUGCACACAGUGUCUGUAUUACUAAGUGGAAAAAUCUUAGUUACUGGUGGAUCGAUUGGUAAUAAUGUUUUUAAUAGUGCUGAGCUGUAUGAUUCAUCAACAGGUAUUUGGGCAACUAUUCGUAACAUGACUAGUAGACGAUUUCGACACACAGCAUCUGUAUUAUCAAAUGGAAUAGUAUUAGUUACUGGAGGAUCCAUUAUUGGUUCUGGCACUUUAAAUAGUGCUGAGCUAAAUAUGGUUGAAUCAAAUGCUGGACACAAUUUGAAACAAGAUUUAGUUGAAAAACAUCGGAAUGUUGUCGGACAGCAGCAACCUAUUAUUAUUGUUAAUGGUAAUAAAGAUCAAAACAAAAUAUUCGAGCAAAGUUUUGCGGAAUAUAGUCGUGUUACCAAUCGACCUUUAUAUGUAUUCGAUAAUGUGGAUGAAUGUUGCGAUUUUGUAUAUGAACAAGCAUCUUCUAAUGAAGAAGCCAAAUGCAUUGUGCUAGUACAAGAUCAAUUUGCAAACGAACUUAUUCCUUCUAUUGUUCAUGCGGAACAAAUUGAAGAUAUUAUUAUUCUCAAUGAAAAUCCUCCAAGUCAACAAGAAAGAGAAUCGAUGAGAGAAUAUACUAAAGUACGUGAGUUAAUGAAAUCAUAUUUUCUCUAG